UUACCGAUAAUGAAAGGUUGAUAAUGAUAAGUUGACGUACAAUAUUAUUAUUGUUGUCACUACCAAGUAUGUGACCUUCAGACAGACAAUAAGCCUGAGUGUAACACAGUGAGCUGGCGCUGGUGGAGGUGUGAGGACGGAGUGAGCGUUAACAACAUAGACGAGAGACAACAAGGCUGUUGUGACAGGUGGUGGACGGUGGUGAUGGCCGCCACGCCCGGACAUCUGCAGGUUAAGACGGCUGGUAUAGUGUGGGAGGCGGCGGCCGUGUCCUCCCUCCCGUAGUGGCUGGGAUGGGCGGCCGCUGCAGUAGGGCUGAUCACAUAGAAGACAACAACUGGAUGUUAUCCCCCCCUGCCGCCCACACCGUCCAGGGCUCAAGCCAGCCGUCCCUAAAGUCCAUGGCUGUAGUGAACUCCCCAGUCCAGUGUGUUGCUCGUCCCUCAGCUCUUCACUAUGGCUCUCGCAUCACCCCCUGUGACCUGACUCAGGUGAACGUUAGCCCAAGUAACGUACAUGAAGUAUGGACCUCCCACCAUGCUCAGACUGCUGCUGCUGACGUCUGGCAACUGAAGGAUGUCACAGACGUGCCCUCCGGUGACCCUGGCACUGUUAUCUUGGAUCAUCACAUCGGUAUUGAUAAGUGUCAACAGCGACGGCCUCGAGGGUUAACUAGCACACCUCAGCCCACCAGCCCUUGUCACCGUGGAGGCCCAUGGCUCAGAGAGGCGGAUACUGUUUCCUAUAGCUGUAACAAUCGGCGCUGUCCCGGCUUAACACCCAGCCCGUCCACAACGAGCAGCGUGUCGCGCGCCCUCAUGCCGGCCGUCACCAACACUGGCAGCCCCGUCAUGCCUACAACCUUGAGGCCACCUCUUGCCCAUAACCACAACCCCUCUACCUCACCACUAUACACUGCUGACGCUCUUGUUAGUACUAGUGAAAAUAUGAAAGUUCCUGAGGAUGAUAAAAUAACCUGUAAUGUAAAAUCGAACCUUUGGGAAAAUGAUGAUAGUGAAGUGAAACGGACAUCAAGAGUGUGUGUUUGUAGUGCCAGCAUCUGUGAAUCGUGUACAAACAGCGUCAGCGACAGUCCUAAGAGGUCCGAGGGAAGAUGUGGUCAGGGUGUGGCAGAGUGCAGGGGUGUGGCCUCGGUCCUCGCCCUGUCUGCUGCUGAAGAAGAAGACCCGGUUGACCAAGAGGCACCAGUGACCACCAGGGCCCAGACGGCUCACGUUAGGUCUCGGGUCAACCAGCGGGUGUCUUUACCAGAGGCACCUGACCACCGGGUAGAGAAAGGAGUGUAUGUUAAUGGUAACCAAGAACACGGCCACGCCACUUCCCUCCGCCUCACACGUUCCCUCUGGUGGGAUCAGUUCCUCACACACUUCCUGCGGACGAUUCAGGACCCGGCGAGCCAACGAUUGACCUGGUACAAACCACCACUCUCCGUACUGGUCAUCAAGAAGGUCAGAGAUGCCCAGGUCAUCCAACCCUUCAUCCAGCUGGUCAAGUGGCUCACUAUCGAAAAGAGAAUGUUGGUGUUUGUGGAAGCAUCUGUUAUGGAAGAUAGCCUGGUCACAAAUCAUUCUGGGUUCCCAAUGCUUAAAGACAAGCUCAUGAGCUUCAGGGAAGGACAGGAUGAUCUCACAGACAAGAUUGACUUCAUCAUCUGCCUUGGGGGCGAUGGAACACUACUGUACGCUUCCUCACUCUUCCAGCAAAGUGUACCACCAGUCAUGGCCUUCCAUCUCGGUUCACUUGGUUUUCUCACACCUUUCAAGUUCGACAAUUUUCAGGACCAAGUUACACAUGUUCUUGAAGGCCAUGCUGCACUGACCCUUCGAUCACGUAUACGAUGCAUUAUCAUGCGUAAGGAUCAGGAGACAGGCAAGACUGGUCACCCCCCAACAAACUUAUUAGUGCUCAAUGAAGUAGUUAUUGAUCGUGGCCCAUCACCUUACCUAUCCAAUAUAGACCUCUACCUAGAUGGCAAACGUAUUACUUCAGUACAAGGAGAUGGUCUCAUAGUGUCAACUCCUACUGGAAGCACAGCCUACGCUGUAGCUGCCGGAGCCUCGAUGAUCCAUCCCUCUGUUCCUGCUAUCAUGCUGACACCUAUAUGUCCACAUUCUUUAUCAUUCAGACCAAUCGUAGUACCUGCAGGUGUUGAACUUAAGAUCAAGUUGAACUGCGAAGCUCGGAACACCUGUUGGGUAUCGUUUGAUGGACGCCACCAGCAGGAGCUGUUGGUUGGAGAUAGCCUUCGUGUUACUACCUCCAUAUAUCCUGUUCCUUCAAUCUGUGCUGAAGAUCAGAUUGCGGACUGGUUUGCUUCUCUUGAUGAGUGCCUACGAUGGAAUGAUCGCAAACGCCAGAAGCACUUUGAUGAUCCAGAAGACUUAAGCCCAACUGACCACACCUCUGACCUUACUCAUUCUUCAAGUUCAGACACUCUUGACUCACUUAGUGAGAGAAAUGAGGGCUGUGAUAAUUAGGUUCAUCAUAAUCCAGUUAGCAUAUACAGUACAUUGAUUGGAAAAUGUGAUUUUAAUCAGUGGAAAACAUGUUACCUGUGAGACAAAGGUACAGUAAUUCUCAUCAUUUACUACAGUGUGUUCAUUCCUUUGAAGUACUGUACUAGUAAAUUAACAUGUUACUGUCACAAUAGUUCAAGUGUUAGUUUGUAACAGUGCAUGUGACCAGGACAUAGACCUUCUCAUAAACAAGAUAUCCCAACUACAGGUUUAAUUUGUAAACAAAUUUUUUCAUGUUAUUUUACUUAUGAUAAAUUUUAUGGGUAAGCAGGUAGGUGGUGAUAAUAUAUUGCAGUAUCCAGCAAACGUGUAAUUGGAAUACUUACCAUACAUUUAUAAAUAAUGAAGAAUCUCACCCAUUGAGUUCAAUUACAUUUUAAUAUUCCUUGCUUUACAAAUCAUACCUCUGGAAGUUUGGAUUAAGUGAACUACCGGUAACUAUUGCUAGGCCACUCAUUUAUAAAUCAUUAUUUUUUCAUACUGUAUUUGUGUCCGUAGCAGUAGGGUAUAACCUAAUAUUACCUUGACAAAAAAUAUUGCAAAUGAAUGGUUGUAACAAACAGUUUCUCUCCUUUUUGUUAAUGUUAAAAAUGAUAAUGUUGACAUUCUAGAUUCAGUUAUGGAAUAGCAGAUGUAAGAAUUUGGGUCAGUUAUUUCAGAUAUACAGUAGACCAUCCCUGGAAGAGUGUACAGUACAGUAUUUGGCAAGAGUUUUUACGACAAAUUCAAGACCUGUUGUAGAAGUGUGGUCCAUUUGGCCAAAUGAUAUUGCCAAAAUAUAAUUAGUUAUGAUAGUCAAUUAGUUGGAAUUAACAGCAGUCGCUGCCUGCUUUUAGCACAAGAAAUUUGUAAACUAAAAACUACUCUUUUUGACAUGCAUUUAAUGAUCAGUACGGUAGAGUACUACUCUGAAUAGAUUUUUUUUUUUUUAAGAUAGCCAAUUCCAGGUGAUCAACCCUCAUUGUAGGAUGAUGUGUACGUUAAAUGAAAAUGAUAUUGAAUCCUGUAUGUAUGCUUAAAAUUAGUAUUUUAUCCAUUACUACUACUAUUUGUAUACAGUGCAAAUACAGAACUACUAUGUUUAUUAUUUAUUUUCACAACAUACAAUAUUGAUUUUCCCAUGUCAUAAGUGUUCCACUGCAUAUGAACAUUAGUAGUAAUGAUUUUUUAAUAUUGAUUUACAGUAUCUGGAAUAUAAAACUGUUUUUAAGAAAAAUUUACACGUGAAAAGUAAUGAUCAAUUUGUACCGAAUAACUUCACAAACUCUAUGAUUAUUUAUGAUAUAAAAAAGAAGCUGUGAUGUGUGUGUGUGUCAUUCCUGAUUUGAUUGGAUUGUUGUUAGUAAUGCAUCAAAAGUGUAAAACUCAUAUUUAUGUUCAUUUAUAUUUCCAAUCCAGGUAUUCCCUAAAUCUCAGAAAUUUCAUUGUGCUUUUGUUCAGCUGCACUGAAAACAGAUUUGGGAAUAAUACAGAAAUUUAAUAUAUCCAGUGUUAUAAACUGGAAAUAUUAGGAUGAACCCAAUGACAAUAAAAUGUGAACACAUUAUAGCAGAAUACUGUACACCCACAGUUGUGGAAGUAUGGAAAUGAUAUUAGAAUUAAUUAUAACUAAAUUACAAUGAGUAAAUAACAUUGAACUUUGAAAUUCUUUCGAUAUCUGAGGUCCUUGUCCAUUUGACAUAAAUAGAGUUUAUUGUAAGUAGAUCCACUUUCUGCUCUUCAUGGCAGAGAAGCACUCUUACAAGUUUAUGGUUAUACACUACAGCACUGUACUAGUAUAUUGUAAUUUUUACAAGAGAAUUCAUCAUACCAGUUUUAGCUGUCACUGAAGUGAAUCAUUUACAUCUUGCACUAAGAAAAAUCAACAUGUAGAAAGGAUGAAGACUGUUUUAUCAAGUGUACACAAGUUAGGAAAUGAAAGGAAAGCAGCAGAAAUACAGUAGAUAAACACUGGUCAGGGAUUCAAGAAAGACUGAGCAAUUCUUAGCCUUAGAAAGGACAACAUGGAGUUCUAGAAAAUCUGGCAAAACUAAACGUUGCAGUAUGAGGCUCUUUCACAUCUCCCUUUGUAGAUCACUCAUAGGCUACAGGUUAACCAGUGUACUACUUCAGGAAAUAUUUAAGACUUCAUUUAAAAGUCUUGAACACUUCAGUGUCCUAAAUCUUUAGGAAAGAAAAUAUAGGUCACCUUUUUCAAUGAAGGAAGACAAGAUAUUAAGGAUAAUAUAUAUUUUUUAACUAUGCACCUGGCUUUAUUGUGGGGGCAGGGGGGGGGGGGAGCUCAAGGAGUAUCACUAUCUCUUAACUUCAAUUGUUCAAACACAAAUCCUGUAUGAUCUUAAAUGAAUGAUAAAGAUUGGUGCUGGUAGGAGAACAGAAUUAGAAAUAAGUGCUGCAUGCUCUUUGCUCUGCAAUAUACAGAUAACCCUAUUUUUUAACACCGUGAAAUGCAAUAAAUUACAGUAAUAAUAACAUGAAAAAGUAAAGUAUGUAUAUACAGUACUGGUAAUUCAAUUGCUCCUUUAUGAACCUUUUAGGCGUAUAAUAUAAAAUAAUAAUUUAUAAAGGUUGCAUUUACUCUUGAUUUUAAAGUUGUUGAAACUGAUAUUUUCAUAAGUCAGACAGUCCUUAAUGUUUGGCUCUACCCCGGUAUGUAAAAUUAGAUCUGGUCCUCAGUUAUUUAACAAAUUCCUACUGAUACCUAUGUACAGUAAAUCUAUUUAUUUUUCAGUGACUUUAUAGCAUAUUAGAAAACAAUAAGGAAUAUAUAGAUACAGUACAUGUAUAGAUGCUCUUUUGAAUCAUCUGUAAAUACUGUUUGAAGUUAUCAAAGUGAAACAUUAAAAAAAAAAAUGCUGCAAACACAGUUACUCCAGUUUAUUAUAAAAUCCUAACCAAAGGAUUUAGGACAGAAUCCUCAUAUGCCACAUUGCUUGAGUUCUGAAUGGAAAUGUAUAGGGCGAAAUGUUGUACUGUUGCAUACUAUUACAACAUGCCCAUCUAAGGUAGCGUGAUACUUAUCAUGUGCAGGCAAGGUGGGUAAAGUAAAAAUAAGAAUUAGAGUUACUGUAUUUCACUCCAAACAGCAAUAGUUUAAUUGACAAUUACAGAGAUUAUAUAGAUUAAUUAAAUGAGCUGGUUUACUUAUAUAUAUAUAUAUAUAUAUAUAUAUAUAUAUAUAUAUAUAUAUAUAUAUAUAUAUAUAUAUAUAUAUAUAUAUAUAUAUAUAUAUAUAUAUAUUGUCACCAGUAAUUAACAAGACUUACAACCUAAUCAAGAAACCUACAGAUAACAAUAAAAAUGAAACAUGUAUGUUUGGGGGAUAUUUUCACUUAUGAAAGCAUACAAUCAUAACUUCCUGUAUGUUACUGUUGUUUUAUGAAGAUUUAUGUUAUCCACAUUUCCAUUGUGGAUCUACAUGAUAUAUUACCAGAAAAAUAGUGACAUUGAUGUAAAGAAUACUAAUGGAAGUUUAGUGUGGAGUAAAUUUUAUACCAAUAGAGGAUCUCAUAUUGUCAUUUUUUCCCCUGAUAAUGAUAAUUAGUCGUGUAUAAAAACUAGUCUUUAAUAAAUAUUUUCUCAAGAAUAUAUUAAAGUUGGUGACUUUCAUGGCUACGUUUUUGGAUUUGUCAAUAAGAAUUCUAAAUUGUUGCUCUUAACUGUCGAGUGUAAAUUGUAAAGUUCCUAAACAAAGUAUGUACCCGGUAUAUAUUUGUUUUAUAUGUCAUACAGUUCAACUAAAAUAGAAACACCAGAUUCCAUAUAGGGACCACAAACAAAACUAUAGUACUUAUUCUGAAACUACCUAUUUUAGAUAAAAUUAUCACACUGCUGCUGACAUGUUUAUGUAUUGAUUACAUGUUGUAAAACUUAGUUAAUUAUAACCAGAGGAAUAAUGAGACUGUUAGUAAUAAUCUACCUUCCAUUAGUACACACCAUUCUACUGACUUCCAAAAUUGGUGAUAUUUAGGUAGGGUCUUCAUCUUAGUUUAAGACCUCUCCGUAGGAGCCAGAGGUAGUCCUAUUUUUAUACUAAACCUUCAGUUUUUUAAGAAAGUAUGAAGUUUUCAGAUACAGUAGUUUUACACUACAGUAUACUGUACAUUAUUCAUUUACUGAAAAGGCUUGUUGUAGAUCUUGUGUAAGAAUAAAAUAAGAUUGAAUUUAAUUUGUUGAAAGAUUAAUUGUUUUAUUUAACUUGGAAAAUUUGUGUUUCCGUACAGCUAAGUUAUACUGUAUUUAAAAAUCACCACUAGGGAAAUCAUAAAUUAUUUUUUUCUUAAUAAAAUGCAUCGUAAUAUAGUUAUGUCCUUACAUUGCCAUACUCUACAUAUGCUAUCAUUAAAUGGUCUCAUAUAAAUCAAGAACAGUGUUCAACUCAUAUAUGAAUAAAUUUAGUUAGGCAAACUGCUGCCUUCAGACACAAGAAUUUAAAACCCUCUCCACUCUUAGGUGCUAGGAGGUGUUCAAUGAUUAUUACAUUUCUCAACAUAAUUUAAGAAACAUCACAGGUAUAUUAUUUUGAUUCACAAUACAGUACUUAAUACUGUGUAAUGGAUAAGUGACACCUCAUUUGUACAGUGUUGCAUAUAGUUUUAGGAAAGGUUUUUGCAUUCAUUUUCUAUGUACCGUACCUUUUUUCUAGUAAUUCAUGCCAGGGGUUGUACAAAGAACCAACUUAUCAAGUUGUUCAGUAUAUUCCUGCAAAAACUUUUUUUUAUACGUCUUUGUCUAAAUGUUAUCCAAUGCACAAAGUGUGCGGGAAUUUAUUUAACUUUUGUUUAUUUUCAUAAUUUUAUGAAGUAAAAAAUAAAUUUAUAAUACUGAGUAUGUCUUAAUUAUAUGAUGUAUUUCACAAUAUUUUUAUUUAUUCCUUAUUUGAUCCAUUGAAUUAGUGUUUUGUCUGGUUGUUGUAUAUAUUUCCACAUACAGUAUAUGUCAAACUGUUAAUUUUGUCAAAAUUCUAAAUAAAGAAUGUUAAAAGCAAACUUCAUUUACAUAGUGGUCUAUAUCUCUCUCUUGCCUUUCUACACACACAUUAUUGGUUAUAACCUCUUCAAUAACAUAAACUGUCUUUCAUUGUGCUAGAAACUGUAUAUUCGAUAUGCAAUCAAAACUUGGUAUAAAAGUGUAACUUAAACAUUCCAAUGCAUUUUGAUCAGUAAGCAAUAUUUCAGUGUUAUAUUAGUUCCUUUUUGAUAACGAAUUAUGAAAGAGUUUAUCUUGUUUUUAGAACUUUGUACAUAUGAAUUUAAGGUAGACUGAGUCUAUGUAGAGUGUAGUACAGAAUGUUGUUGGGUCAGAGGUCCUUUUAUUAUUUAUUAAAAGAAAAACUAU